CCGCGGCAGCCGCUCCAGGCUCGGCCCCCUCCCGCCUCAGCCCCCGAGAGCGAGAGCGCCACAGCCGAGCCGGCGCCGCCGCUGCGACAAACCGCCGCAGUCUGUUACUGAAAUCAUGAAUCCUGUCUAUAGUCCUGGAUCUUCAGGGGUUCCCUAUGCAAAUGCCAAAGGAAUUGGUUAUCCAGCUGGAUUCCCAAUGGGCUAUGCAGCUGCUGCUCCUGCCUAUUCUCCUAAUAUGUACCCUGCAGCAAAUCCUACAUUCCAAACAGGUUAUACGCCAGGCACACCAUAUAAAGUCUCCUGUUCACCCACCAGUGGUGCAGUGCCUCCCUAUUCUUCAUCACCCAGUCCCUACCAAACUGCAGUGUAUCCGGUUCGAAGUGCCUAUCCACAGCAGAAUCCAUAUGCACAGCAAGGCACUUACUAUACACAGCCUUUGUAUGCAGCACCACCCCACGUAAUUCAUCACACUACAGUUGUGCAGCCCAAUGGAAUGCCAGCAACUAUGUAUCCAGCACCAAUUCCACCCCCUAGAGGAAAUGGUGUCACUAUGGGAAUGGUGGCUGGGACCACAAUGGCAAUGUCAGCAGGUACCUUGUUGACAACACAUUCCCCAACUCCUGUAGCCCCACACCCUGUUACGAUGCCUACUUAUCGGGCCCCAGGAACUCCAACUUAUAGCUAUGUGCCCCCACAGUGGUGAUUACCAAGCAGUGUUUGAAGAUGGGAGAUAUGCAAUCAAGUAACUGAGGUUUAAAGUUGGUGCUGAAGCCCUCAUGCCUCCAACCAGGACUUCUUUCUUCUGAUGCUUGCAACCCUUUGCUAAACACUAAUUCCAGAUCACUGAAGGUUUCCCAGUGCUGCAUAUCUUACAUCUUGGAACUCCAGCAGUUAGUCUUAAAGCAAAUCCUGUUUUGUGGACUGUCUUGCAAUUUUUUAGCUAAUUAUAAUGAUUAAAGGGAGUAUAAAUUUAUUGAUCAUAUCUAGUUGAAUGCAUGUUUAAGAAACACACAAAGCUUGCUCAAUCUACCUGCUGUGACUGAUGCAAAAACCGUCAUAUGCAAAAUCCAAAGGAGCCGAGAAGUAUUUUACAAUUUGUUUUACUAAUGCACUGUUGUAAUGUAUGCAGGGUCUUAAAAAGGUAGACUUGUGAAAGUGAUUCUUUUUUCAUAGAAAAACCAUACUAUACAUUAGGAAGUGCUUUAACCUUUUAAGGUUGAUGAAGGCACCAGUUGAAGGGGGCACCCUAAAAGUGAUAUUUUCCUUUCCUAAUUCAGUGACUAGAAAAGGAGUUUGUAGUUUGUAGAAAUCUUACAGAGGAUCUGUUUACCAUGCUUACCUAUUCCAUUUCCAUUUUUUUUCAUUCAGUGUUACAUGGACAUUCUUAGGGAUAAGAAUUAAAUUGUACAAGAA